CUCCCUCCCCCACCCUGGCCUCUGGACCUCAAUCAGAUUUAGAGGAAGGAACCAGUUUUCAGAGAGAUUGCCUCUGACCACACUAUCUCCACUUGUCCUGUGAAAGCUUAGCGGCCAUGUUUUCUCAUGGGGUAGGAACUGUGGCUGCAGGAGGAAGGAAGCUAUGUCUCCUCUCCUUGCUGCUUAUUGGCCUCUGGGGCUGUGUGGCCUGUCAGGGGAACCCUAUAGAGGACAUCUGUACCGCCAAGCCCCGGGAUUUUCCUGUGAAUCCCAUAUGCAUUUACCGUUCCCCAGAGAAGAAAGGAACUGAGGAGGAGGGCUUGGAGAAGAAGAUCCCUGAGGCCACCAACCGUCGGGUCUGGGAACUGUCCAAGGCCAAUUCUCGCUUUGCCACCACCUUCUAUCAGCACCUGGCAGAUUCCAAGAAUGACAAAGACAACAUUUUCCUGUCACCCCUGAGCAUCUCUACAGCUUUUGCUAUGACCAAGCUGGGUGCCUGUAACAACACCCUCAAGCAGCUAAUGGAGGUUUUUAAGUUUGAUACCAUCUCUGAGAAAACAUCUGAUCAAAUCCACUUCUUCUUUGCCAAACUGAACUGCCGACUCUAUCGAAAAGUCAACAAAUCCUCUACCUUGGUAUCAGCCAACCGCCUUUUUGGAGACAAAUCCCUUACCUUCAAUGAGACCUAUCAGGAAAUCAGUGAGAUGGUCUACGGAGCGAAGCUCCAGCCCCUGGACUUCAAGGAAAAUGCAGAGCAGUCCAGAGUGACCAUCAACAAUUGGGUAGCCAAUAAGACUGAAGGUCGCAUCACUGACGUCAUUCCCUCGGAUGCCAUCAAUGAGCUCACUGUCCUGGUGCUGGUUAACACCAUUUACUUUAAGGGCCUGUGGAAGUCAAAGUUCAGCCCUGAGAACACCAGGAAGGAACUAUUCUAUAAGGCUGAUGGAGAGUCAUGUUCAGCGUCUAUGAUGUACCAGGAAGGCAAGUUCCACUACCGGCGCGUUGCUGAAGGCACCCAGGUGCUUGAGCUGCCCUUCAAGGGUGAUGACAUCACCUUGGUGCUCAUCCUGCCCAAGCCUGAGAAGAGCCUGGCCAAGGUGGAGCAGGAACUCAGCUCAGAGUUGCUGCAGGAGUGGCUGGAUGAGUUGGAGGAGAUGAUGCUCGUGGUCCACAUGCCGCGCUUCCGCAUAGAGGAUGGCUUCAGUCUGAAGGAGAAGCUGCAGGACAUGGGUCUUAUUGAUCUCUUUGACCCCAAGAAGUCCAAACUCCCAGGUAUUGUUGCAGAAGGCCGGCAAGACCUCUACGUCUCAGAUGCAUUCCACAAGGCAUUUCUUGAGGUCAACGAGGAGGGAAGUGAAGCAGCAGCGAGUACUGCCGUUGUGAUUGCCGGCCGUUCACUGAACCCCAACAGGGUGACCUUCAAGGCCAACAGGCCCUUCCUGGUUCUUAUCAGGGAAGUUGCUCUGAACACUAUUAUCUUCAUGGGAAGAGUCGCCAACCCUUGUGUUAGCUAAAGUAUUCUUAUUCUUUGCACCUUUUCCUAUUUUGGUGUUUGUAAUAGAAGUAAAAAAUAAAUACUAUUUCCAUCUCAC